GACAGGUUGCGGGGGGGGCGGUGUGGGCGUGUGUCCUAGUGUUGGUCUGGAGGGGGCGCUGAUUGCUGGGUUAGGGAUGGUGCAGCGGCCGUGGAGGCGGCGGCUGCCCGGGUUGUGAGCGGUGGCAUCAGCCGGCAUGGGGCGGUGGUGGAGGCUUUUCCGGGCGCUUGGCUGUUCUCUCAUCCUCCUGCUGCCGUUCCUUUGGUCUGGGGCUGCUGGGGAUCGCCCGCUGCAAGUGCUGCACGGCUGUCUUUUUGAUAGGAGACUCUGCUCCCAACAGGAAGUCUGUGUGCAAGAUGGCUUGUUUGGUCAGUGCCAGGAAAGCUCACUGCGAGACCGGCCCUACUUCCAGGUCACUGCACCUGUGCUCCAGCGUCUUCAGGAUGUGCUUCAACACCUUAUGGCACAAGGUUUGUCAUGGCAGGAUGAUCUCACACAGUACGUGAUCUCCUGGGAGAUGGAGCGCAUCCCCAGACUCCACCUGCCACUUUCAUGGGAGUCGGUGUCUGAGGACAGGUUCCCACCUAUCUACGUGACUCCCAGGAAAUCCUCUUUGCCACCUGAGCCUGCCUCCCUCCAGAUGGCUCGCCAGCCCCCUCUCCCUCCUGCGCUCCUGCAGCGAUACCUGGAGCUGCUGUUGGCCUCUCAGCCUGAACUAACAUACAAGGAAGCACUCCUGUCCUCCCACCCCCACCACCAGUUCAGCUAUGCAGGUGGCCCCUUGCGAGACCACCCCAACGCACGGAACCCUGAGCCUCCUCUUCUCCUGGACCGUGCUGCUGCUUCCCGGGCCCUCUUCCAUGCCAGCGCUGCCCCUUCCUAUAGGGGGCAGCAGGGACUAGAUGGAGGUCAGGUUUUCCAAGACCUGGGUGCACUUUACUUGACCCAGGAGCAGACAGGUAAAUCCAGUACUAGGGCUCAGCACAAGCAGGAGUCCAGGACAGACAACCUCCUUCAAGAUUAUGGAGACAGCUUUGAAAAUGGAAGGGAGCCCCGGACACCCUUAACAGAAUCAGAUAAAGCUGUACAGAAACUGACAGCAGUGCUCGCUAGUCAUGGGAUCAGACCUGAGGACCUCGGCUCCCUCGUGAGCUUGCUCCAGCUCCAGCUCCUCCAAAGUACAGCAGGUGGGCUUGGACCAGAGACCGUGGAGUCUAAGCGGGUGACAGAAGCUGAAAUGCAACAUGGGGAGGAACUGGAGCCACCUCUACCCUCUCAAGAGAGCUAUGUUAGUGCUGUCCCCUCAGAGGGGCAAAUACAGGCUCAGGCGGAGACGCUUGGCCCAACCAAAGCAGCUAUGAUGACGGUUUCCCCAGAACAGCCUGAGCCCCUGCCCCCUGGUGAGGGGGUCACAACUCGCUCCGAGGGGCAAGUGGUGGUGAUGAAGAAGAGCCAUGCAGCCUUAGGGGGACCUGGCAGGGAUGAGGAGCGGCCAGAGGCGACGCUGGCUGCUGAGGAAUACGGCUACAUUGUCACCGACCAGAAGCCAUUGAGUCUUGCUGCUGGCAUCCGCCUUCUGGAGAUCCUUGCUGAGCAUGUGCAUUUGUCCACUGCCAGCUUCAUCAACUUCAGUGUUGUGGGCCCAGCACUUACCUUCCGCCUCCGUCAAAACCACCAAAACCUGUCAUUGGCUGAUGUGGCCAACAGGGCUGCACUGGUGAAGCCACAACUGGAGUCUGAGGUAGGAGUAAAGAUCCUACAAACAGGCAUAGGGCAGCGCAAUGAGGCUGCGACGUACCCACAUCCGACACACUUUGGUGACACUUUCCGCUCAGUGCUCCUCACCUUUGUGUUGCUGGCCUGCGUGGCUGGCAUUGUCAUUGCUGCUGCUGUGGUCUUCUGUCUGCGCCAGCAUGCCAAACAGCGUGAGAAAGAGCGGCUGGCAGGGCUGGGGCCUGAGGGAGCGGCGGACAGCACUUUUGAAUACCAGGAACUUUGUCGGCAGCACAUGGCUGCUAAGUCGCUGUUUGGCCGUGCAGAAACUCCCUCGGCCCCGGCCCCAGCCGAGAACUCGCGUGUCAGCAGUGUUUCCUCACAGUUCAGCGAUGCGCCCCAGGCCAGCCCCAGCUCCCAUAGCAGCACGCCAUCUUGGUGUGAGGAGCCUGUGCAAUCCAACAUGGACAUCUCCACUGGGCACAUGAUUCUGGCAUACAUGGAGGACCACUUACGCAACCGUGAUCGACUAGCCAAGGAGUGGCAAGCUCUGUGUGCAUACCAGGCUGAACCAAAUACCUGUGAUGCUGCCCAGUGUGAAGCGAGCAUCAAGAAAAACCGAAACCCGGAUUAUGUGCCCUAUGACCAUGCGCGUAUCAAGCUGAAAGCUGAGAGCAACCCAUCCCGGAGUGACUUCAUCAAUGCCAGCCCCAUUAUUGACCACGACCCACGGAUGCCAGCAUACAUUGCCACACAAGGACCACUGUCCCACACCAUUGCUGACUUUUGGCAGAUGGUGUGGGAGAAUGGCUGCACUGUCAUUGUGAUGCUGAGCCCACUAGUGGAAGAUGGUGUCAAACAGUGUGACCGCUACUGGCCGGACGAGGGCUCCUCGCUCUACCACAUCUAUGAGGUGAACCUGGUCUCGGAACACAUCUGGUGCGAGGAUUUCCUAGUGCGCAGCUUUUACCUGAAGAAUGUGCAGUCCCAGGAGACGCGGACUCUGACACAGUUCCACUUCCUCAGCUGGCCAGCAGAGGGCAUCCCCACCACCACAAGGCCUCUUCUUGACUUCCGCAGGAAGGUGAACAAGUGCUAUCGAGGCCGCUCGUGCCCAAUCGUCGUACACUGCAGUGAUGGUGCCGGAAGGACUGGAGCAUACAUCCUCAUUGACAUGGUUUUGAACCGAAUGGCCAAAGGUGUGAAGGAGAUAGAUAUUGCAGCCACCUUGGAGCAUGUCCGUGAUCAACGGCCUGGCAUGGUGCAAACUAAGGACCAGUUUGAGUUUGCACUGACAGCUGUGGCAGAAGAGGUGAAUGCUAUUCUGAAGGCGCUCCCACAAUGAUGGCCCACUCAGCGCACCCUAGCUUUGUGACUUCCACCCCCUUCAACCCUUCACCUCUGCUGUGUCCAUGCCUGGGGUAUUCUCUCUUCAUAACGUCCACCUCUAUGUUGUUGGCCACGGCUGCAUUCAAACCAGUUGUGGGAUGCGGCCCCCUUUCCAUCCUGACCCUUAGACUUCCUGGUGCCUCAUGCUCUUUAGCCUCACCCUGACCCUUCUGGAACUUACCCUUGGUUGAUGUGAGGUGGGUUGUUCCCCUUUGCACUCCCAGAGGUGAGUUUGCUGCCUGGGGAACCCAGAUGGCCUUCAUGCUCUUGUGGAUGUUCCACAGAAUGAGGCAUUGGCUGCAAGUUCAAUAGAGAGCAAGGCGCUGUUGGAGAUCUACGAGCCUCCGUGUGCCUAUUCUGUUUGCCGACAUGCCUGCUUCUGCACAGGUGAAGGUGUGAACUUUGAUAACAGGGACCCCCUUGGUCCUUUGUGCAGAAGGUUGUUUGGGCCAAAUAACAUCAAUCUAACCUAUGGCUAGCCAAUAAUACCAAGGCACCAAGAGGAAAGCCAGUCUUGCUACAUCAUGCCAUUCUCAUCCCCUUGCCAUUCCUUCUCAUCUUUGCUUCUGUGCUGACCCCCAGGGCAGCUGAGGUCCCUGGCCCAGUGCAACAUGGCAGGAGAGGUGCUGCUUCUAACCUAAUCGCUAUCACCUGCCGGGUUAGAACCAAGCCUAGCCGCAGCAAUUCUCUCCCUUCCUAAAAGGGAGGAAGUAUGCCCCCUAGGGAAAUAGAGCCACUGCCCCUGCCCAAUGUGGUGUUUCUCUGCCUGCUGCUGCCUCCUCCUCCUCCCUGGUGUGACUUCACUAAGAGACAUUUCUAGAGAAUCUAAUUUUGUAUUUGAUGUGAAUAAAGGUGUUGUGUUUGUGCAGCUGCA